AUGUCUGUAACUCAAUCUGUUAUUGUUCCUGCUUACAAGGAAAAGCUAAACAUUAAACCUCUAACCACUAGAUUAUUUGCUGCUCUAGGAAACGAUGGUGCCAAAGCUACUGAAUUGAUCUUCGUUGAUGAUAAUUCUCAAGAUGGUUCUGUUGAAGAAGUUGAAGAACUAAAGAAACAAGGUUACAAUGUUAGAAUCAUUGUUAGAACCACUGAACGUGGUCUAUCUUCUGCUGUUCUAAGAGGUUUCUACGAAGCUGAAGGUGAUUACCUAAUCUGUAUGGAUGCUGAUUUACAACAUCCUCCAGAGAGUGUUCCAUCUUUAUUCGACAACUUGAAGACACAUCCUUUCGUCAUUGGUACUAGAUAUGCUCCAGGUGUUGGUAUCGAUAAGGAUUGGCCUUUAUACCGUAGAGUUAUCUCUUCUACCGCAAGAAUGAUGGCUAGACCAUUGACUACUGCUUCUGAUCCAAUGAGUGGGUUCUUUGGUUUACAAAAGAAAUACCUAUUGGAGGCUAAGGAUGGUGAUAUUGACUCUAAGGGUUUCAAAAUUGCUUUGGAAUUAUUAGCUAAGUUACCAUUACCAGCUGAUAAGCCAAUUGGUGAAAUCCCAUUCUCCUUUGGUGUUAGAACUGAAGGUGAAUCUAAGUUAUCUGGUAAGGUUAUCAUCCAAUAUUUGGAACAAUUGAAGGAACUUUAUGUUUUCAGAUUCGGUGCUAACAAUUUGGUCUUAUUCCUAUUGUUCUCUAUCAUUUUAGUUCUUUACAUCCUUUACCAAUUCUACUCUUUGCUAUUUUAA